UGUGCGCGCAAGUGCACGCCGCACGCCGGAGACCACAGAGUGCACUCCGCAAUAACUCGUUGUCAGCUGCAUUUUCGUCGGAAGCAAGUUGUCCUUGUUGCGAGAUGGUGUUGUUCGUACUGCGGGUAUUUAAUUUGCGUAACUCCAGCUUCAACAGACGUUCUUCAGGACUGCUGCCAUGACGGUAAUGGUGUGGGUGAUGCUUCUGCUCGCGCAGGCGGCUGUGGCCAUUGUGUGUCCACCACACGUCUGCGAAAGCACCAAGUGCCCGCGGCCGCCUGUGAAGACCUAUCAUGGACGGCUGAGCACUCAAGGGAGUUUCUGCGGGUGUUGCAAAGUUUGCAUACACGAAUCAGGUAUUGGAAAUCCCUGUGUUCCUUCUGGGCUUUGUCCAGGUCCUUCAGAGUGCAAGGAGUCCCUGUACUGUGACCCGGACCAAAGGGCCUGUCUUCCUUUUCCAAUGCCGCCCUCUGAAGAGAUCCGAGGCUACAACGACACCCUCCAUUCCAUACUACUCGAACCAGCCCAGAAAGAGCCACGGAAGCCUAAUCCCGUAGACACUGUCAAAGUGAUGAACAAUGCUUAAGCGUAAUAAUUUCAUGUUAACCGAAAAUGUCCCAACUAGGUGACAAAUGUUCUGUAUAGGCUAAACAGCCAGCAGUAAAGGAAGAAGUGCUGUUUCCGAA